AUGCCUCCCCAGUUAAGACAGCGCACGUCACGCGUCAAACCUCAGUCUUAUGCUCUUUCUCUGAACUCCCCUACAAGUCAAACCCACCUCCUCAUGUCUGAACAUACAGCAAACUCAGCAAGCAGCACGCCUCCAAUUUACACCAUCGAUCUCUCUUUACCACCAUGCGAACGCUAUGUGCUGGUCGCCACUGACUACGCUCAUGUUCUGCGCGAAAUGCCGUUUCUCUACGAUGAAGCAGUAGAGCACUUGAAGUUGCCUGUCGGAUUCUUUCAUUUUUUGGGCCGUACGCUCUUGCGUCGUCUGCAUAGCGAUGAACAGACCGAGGAGCUCAGAGGCAUUAGCAAGGCAUGCGGGAUUCCAAUGUAUCUACUUGUCGCUUAUAACGUCUUUCUGGAUCUCCUUAUGGGCUGCACGAGUGGUGGCGUCAUGGUCAAGGAGUCCGAGGCCGAUGCAACGAUGAUGCAUUUCCGAACCCUGGAUUGGUCUAUGCCUCUUUUACGACAGGCCAUCGUACAGUUCGAGUUCGUUGAGAGAACAGCUAGUCAUGUGAUAGCAAGGACGGUGGGUUAUGUGGGUUUCGUGGGUGUACUUACAGGCCUGAGGAAUGGGCUGAGCGUAUCACUCAACUUCCGGCCCUACCACAACGCCCAUGGACUGUCAUGGCCAAAUAUCAAGUAUUACUGGAACACGCUGAUGGUGCUUCUGGGACGGAGACCGGGUAUCUCUACUCUGAUACGCGAUUGUCUCCUACCCAGGCCGAGUGCAUCUCGAAGUCGAAGGCUUUCCAAAAAUUCUGUCAAGGAAGAGGAAACUUUGGCGUCCGCACCUAUCCCACCACAUAGUGCACCUGAAAUAUUCAACACCAUCCCACACAUGCGUACGUCAGUAGCAUAUUUGAUAUUCUGCACGGGAAUAGAGACAGUCGUUCUGGAAAAAGACUUUCACAGCGCGAGAACCUUACGCUCCUCCACUUUCAUCAGUACCACCAAUCACGAUGUGUCACUGGAGUCUACAGGCAAUCCACAAGCCACUCAAGAUCACGCGGUUCAUAACCAGGGUCGGAACCACAGCUUCCUCAAUGCGGGUAUGCAAGAAGUGCUCGAUGAAAGCAUCAUGCGGAAACAAUGUCUCAAGCAGAAAUGGCUGAAGUGGAGCCAGGAGCAGGGUCGUAAAGCGAAGCGAGGACAGACUGCAGCAACUGGUGUGAGCCCAGGGAAACUGACUGAGUGGUUAAUGCAAUAUCCCGUUUGUAAUGAGGUUACACAUUUCGUGUGUGUGAUGGAUCCAAAGGAGGGCGUGUUCAGAUGGGUGCGCACUUUUGAAGAGGGCCAUAUAGAGUUUCAGGAUGGAGCUCAACUUUGA